AUGGCCCAAUGCUACAUCAACCAACAUUUCCUCAUUUAUCCCUCUCCUAGGAUCUUGGGCACCAUCAUUGCAGUUGUGCUGUUACUGGCAUUUGUAGAACGUCCUUCCUCAGUGUCCAUCUCUUCAGAUCCCCGCCACCAAUCCAGCCGAUGGGAACCUCCAUGUGGUGCCCCAGAGAGCGUCGAGAUGCUCUGUCUCAUCAUCUUCUGCCUGGAUCUUGCUGUCAAAAGCUACUUGAUUGGCUGGGAGGAAUUCAGAAAGAGCAAAUGGCUGAUCAGCUACACUGUAGUCAUUUGUAUUUCUGUCGUUGACUGGAUGCUCUCUGUCAGCAUGGAGUGUGACGAGAAACUGAGAGUACGACGGCUUGUCCGGCCAUUCUUCCUUCUGCAGAACUCCUCUCUGAUGAAAAAGACACUGAAAUGCAUCAAGAGAACCCUACCUGAGAUUGCUAGUGUGAUCCUGCUGCUUGCUCUGCAUCUCUGCCUCUUCACUAUGGUUGGCAUGCUGCUGUUUGCUAAAAAUGCAGAUCAAAAGAAGAAUGGUGAGUGGGAGUUACAUUUCAAGAACCUGACCACCUCCCUGACCUCUCUGCUGGUGCUGCUCACCACAGCUAACAAUCCUGAUGUCAUGAUCCCUGCCUAUUCCCUCAACAGAUGCUACGCCAUUUUCUUUAUCAUCUUCAGUAUCAUUGGAACAUACUGUCUGAUGAACUUGCUGACUGCCAUCAUCUAUAACCAGUUCAGGGGAUAUUUACUGAUGUCAGUCCAGACAUCCAUCAUUAGGAGACGGCUGGGGAUCCGAGCUGCGUUCCAUGUCCUUAGCUGUCACAAUUCACAAACAGAAGCACAAGAACUUGUGAGAGUCGAUGCUGUGCUUCAGGUGAUGUCCAGAGUCAACAUGAAGCGCUUCUACAAAUCAGCCAUCACAGUGGCAUCGCAGCAGUUUGCAGAACAGGGCUACAUGGAUCGACAGCAGUUCAGGAAAAUAUUUGAUGAACUGGAUAAAGAUUGUAUCAAGGAGCAUCCUCCUUUACCGCAGUAUACAUCUGCAACGUUGCAAAAACUUCAGGUGGUCUUCAGUCACUACUACCUCACUGUCCUAGGAAACCUGGUGGCACUGGCCAAUGUCUUAUGCAUAUGUACUAUCCUGGUUCUAAACUCUGAAAAGUCAACUGAAGAGAGAGACAACUACAUCUUAGAGGUUAUCAACCUCUGCUUCAUCCUCUUCUACCUUUCUGAAAUGACCGUGAAGAUAUUUGCCUUUGGAUGGAGGGGAUACCUGUCCUACAGGAGCAACAUUUUUGAUGGCUUCCUCACCGUUCUGUUACUGAUCCUACAGAUUGCUAUAUUCAUCACCUACAGGCUCCCUUAUUCCCAGGAGCCUUCAUCUCAUGGUGUGAUGUCUUUGUGGGAGAUGGUUCGCCUGGUUAACAUGCUGAUUGUCUUCCGGUUCCUGCGCAUCAUCCCAGAUAUCAAGCUCAUGGCUCUGGUUGCUAGCACUCUGCUGGAUCUGGUGAAAAACCUCCGAGCAUUUGCUGGGAUCCUAGUGGUGGUGUACUACGUGUUUGCUGUAUUUGGGAUCUGGCUGUUUGAGGGUGCCAUUAAACCUCCUCCACAGAUGAGUGUGUUCUCCAUGGACAACACCACAUCUAACUUCAGCACGGUGUGUGGCACUUAUGAACAGCUGGGAUACUGGCCCAACAACUUUGAUGAUUUUGCUGCAGCCAUUAUUCUGCUCUAUGAUGUCAUGAUCGUCAACAACUGGCAGGCCUUCAUGGAAGCAUACAGCAGAUACACAUCUGAGUGGUCCAAGGUGUACUUUGUGUGCUGGUGGCUCACCUCCUCUGUGAUGUGGGUCAACCUGUUUGUGGCUCUCAUUCUGGAGAACUUCAUCUACAAGUGGGACCGUAGUCACAGCUGCUCUGUUACAGAUGUGGAGAAAAUCCGAUAUGAAACUUCAGUCCAGUUCAUGUUCAAAGAACAGAUCCAAGAACCAACUGAAGAGGAAUUAGUUUGCCAGUUACACCAGCACCCUCACCUCCACCUGGAAUGGAGACACGAACAUCAAAACAUUACGUCCUCUCUGCACUGAGGCCCUGAAGCUGCUGGUGGAGUAGGAAAGUUAUUCAAGUGAAUCAACAGUAGACUUUCCCUUCAGAAGAACUAAGCACAAGGAUUCAACUGGAGGUUUACUUUGAAACUCAAAACAUUAAGUGGGUUAAUUCAAGUGUUGCCAUAAAGAACUUUCGAAUGUGUAGGUUUUCCUCUCUACAAAGAUUUGCUGUACCAAAUCUGUCAUUUACAGAAAAGUAAGCCAUAUUUUCUCUUUUUUUAUUAAACUGGAGCCGUUUGACAACAAUACUGAACCAGGAGAGAGAGCAGGGGAGGAUAUGGGGAUGUGAUAGAGGUUCAGAGCUGCCAUGGCCUCUUGGAUCAUUAAGAGUGAGAAGCAAAGCAGCAGUAAUUCCUCCGCCAGGCG